GUCUGCGGCCAGGGUCCCUCCCAGGCUGUGUCUGUGCAGCGGCCCAUUUUCCUGUUAGCCUGCGGCGCAUCCCAGGAGCAGGACCCCACCCUCAGGGACCCAGAGGCCAUCGCUCGGCGGUGGCCAUGGAUGGUCAGCGUGCAGGCCAACGGCACACACGUGUGCGCAGGCGCCCUCAUCGCCGCCCAGUGGGUGCUGACCGUGGCCCACUGCCUGACCCAGGAAAAUGUCACCUACUCCGUGCGGGUGGGGAGCCCCUGGAUUGACCAGAGGGCUCAGACUACGGCCGACGUCCGGGUGCACCAGGUCAUCCUGAACAGCCGGUUCCGGGCCCAUCGCUAUUGGUCCUGGGUGGGUCAGGCCAACAACAUUGCCCUGCUGCAGCUCGAGAGAACGCUCAACUAUAGCAAGUACGUCUGGCCCAUCUGCCUGCCCGGCCUGGACUACAGGGUGAAGGACUUCUCCCUCUGCACCGUGACAGGCUGGGGGCUCCCCAGGGCGAACGGCACGUGGCCGCAGUUCCGGACCAUCCGGGAGAAGGAGGUCACGACCCUGAACAGCAAGCAGUGUGAGAACUUCUACCACCGAUUCUCCAAAAUCCCCUCCCUGGUUCGGGUCAUCAACUCCCAGAUGAUCUGUGUGCAGGACACCGACAGGAAGCACUUCUGCUAUGAGACCAGUGGGGAGCCCCUGUCCUGUCCUGUGCAGGACACGUGGUUCCUGGUGGGGAUAGUGAGUUGGGGCCCCGGCUGCGGCCAGAACGAGGCCCCGCCCAUCUACCUGCGCAUCUCCACCUACCAACACUGGAUCUGGAAGCGCAUCAACGGGCAGGCUCUGCCAGCCCCGUCCAGGGCCCUGCUCCUGGCACUGUCGCUGCCCCUCAGCCUCCUUGCUGCCUGCUGAUGCUCCCAGGCCAUCUCUGGGGGCGCCCUCUGGCCCCAGGCCCCCUCAUCGUCCUGGUCCAGGACACUACAGGUCCACUCUCCUGUCCCAUCCGGCAGGGCCGAGACAGGUGCUCAAUUAAACAGUUCUCUUCCUCACGCAGCCUCCUUCCUGGUCCUGGAGGCCCUUGCUCUCUGGGCUGCUCGGGUGGGAGACGGCUGAACAAGAUGGGGUGGGGUGGGGGCUCGGGCGCCGAAAGGGCAGAGCCCAGGACCGGCCUCCGUCCAGAGGGAGGGUGGCUCCUGCAGAAGGUGGGGGAGUGUGUGUAGGGAUGACAUCGGGUCAGGCGAUGGAGGGCCUGGAAUGCCCUGCCCAGGCCG